AUGUGUUCUGAUCCAGGCCCAUCAACAAAAUGGUUUGAUUUGCGCGUACCCCUCACAGUUUUAAGACCAGAAUUGCUUUUAACAACAGGCCAGUCAUUUACGUGGAAGUGUGUAGGAAAUAAGCACUGGGUUGGAGUUUUGGGAUCUAGUGUGUACGAAAUAAAGCAAUCUGAUGAUACAACUCUAUAUAGAACAUUGUUUGGAAAAUGUUCACGGGAAAGACUAUGGGACUACUUUGACCUUGACAACGAGUAUUCUGUGGACUUUACAAAGGCACCAAAGCCAGUUAAACAAAUUAUAAAGCGCAGAUCUGGGGUGAGGAUACUACAGCAGGACCCGUUUGAAUGUCUUAUUUCAUUCAUCUGCUCCUCAAACAAUAACAUCUCGAGGAUCACACGAAUGCUCAACGAAAUUAAGCGUAACUUUGGAACAUUUCUGGCUAAAUCUGAAGUUAAUAACGAGACGUUUGAUUUUUACGCAUUUCCGUCUGUUGACCAAUUGCGAAAAGCAACCCCGGAACAAUUGAAGAAAUUGGGUCUAGGAUACAGAUCUGAUUUCAUAUUUAAAACUGUUGAAAUUUUAAACUCUCGGGGUCUUAAUUGGCUAUAUUCACUAAGGAAUGAAGAUUCAGACACUUGUAAAUCAGCUUUAACAUCACUUCCAGGAGUUGGCAGAAAAGUGGCGGAUUGCGUGUCACUGUUUUCGUUGGGAAAACGGGACGUUGUACCAGUAGAUGUUCAUAUUCAAAAAAUUGCAAAUACAUUUUUUGGAGUAAAAUGUGGAAAGUCUCUGUCGGACUCAGAUUAUGAACGCAUAGGAACCGCAUUCAGGAACUUCGCAGGUGAUAAUGCCGGGUGGGCCCAGGCUGUUUUAUUCAUCGACUCUGUGAUCAAGAGCUAA